CGCACACAGUCGGCGUAGAGACAUCACGCGUGUUAGAUGUCUGAAAUCAGAGUUUAUAAUAUACAUUAAUCAAUAAUCAUGAAGGGCAGGUUUAAUACGGUGGAUAUCAGAGCGGUGAUUGCUGAAAUCAACGCCAACUGUGUCGGGAUGCGGGUGAACAACAUCUAUGACAUUGAUAAUAAAACAUACUUGAUAAGACUGCAGAAGCCGGACACUAAAUCCGUGUUAUUGAUCGAGUCUGGCAUCAGGAUUCACCGCACUGAGUUUGAUUGGCCCAAAAACAUCAUGCCAUCUGGAUUUGCCAUGAAAUGUCGAAAACACCUGAAGUCCAGGCGUCUGGUUCAUGUGAAGCAGCUCGGUGUCGACCGAAUCAUCGACAUCCAGUUCGGAUCAGAGGAGGCGGCGUAUCAUCUGAUUCUGGAGCUUUAUGACCGUGGGAACAUAAUUCUGACUGAUCACGAGUUCCUCAUCUUGAAUCUGCUGCGUUUCCGCACGGCUGAAGGUGAAGCUGAAGACGUGAAGAUCGCCGUGAGAGAGAGAUAUCCUGUGGAGAACGCCAGACCUGCAGAACCGCUCAUCAGUCUGGACAGACUCACACAGAUCUUGUCGAGCGCUCCGAAUGGAGAGCAAGUGAAAAGGAUUCUCAAUCCUCACCUCCGUAUGUCACGUGUCAUAAACAUCAUUUUUAUCAUGUGCAGCAUGUGUAUCUUCAUAUAUUGUUGUGUUUGUGCAGCGUAUGGCGGUCCUCUCAUCGAACACUGUCUCAUGGCGCUCGGACUGCCCGGACUUAUGAAAACAGACAGUCAGUUUGAUGUUUCUCUGGCGGGUCCUAAAAUCCUGGAGGCUUUACAGAUGGCUGAAGAUUACAUGGAGAAGACGGCAAACUUCAGUGGAAAGGGCUUUAUCGUACAGAAGAGUGUGAAGAAGCCGAGCAUGUGUGCGGAUCGACCUGAUGAAGAACUGCUCACGUAUGAAGAGUUUCAUCCGUUUCUCUUUUGCCAACAUGUAAAAAGUCCUCAUGUGGAGUUUGAGUCUUUUAAUAAGGCGGUGGAUGAGUUCUUCUCUAAGAUGGAGGGUCAGAAGUUGGACAUGAAAGCGCUCCAUCAGGAGAAACAAGCUUUAAAAAAACUGGAGAACGUGAGACGAGAUCACGAGCAGAGACUGGAGGCUCUUCAUCAGGUUCAGGAGGUGGACCGGUUGAAGGGCGAGCUGGUAGAAAUGAAUCUUCAGAUGGUUGAACGAGCUCUACAGGUGGUGCAAAGCGCGCUGGCCAAUCAGGUGGACUGGAUUGAGAUCGCUCAGAUAGUGAAAGAAGCUCAAGCGGCCGGUGACCCCGUCGCCUGCGCCAUUAAAGAACUCAAACUACAGAGCAAUCACAUGACCAUGCUGCUCAAGAACCCGUUUGUCAGCUCAGAGGAAGGUGAGGUCGAUCAGGAGGAUGUGACAUCAUCAGUGGGGCUGUCAGACACUUUGAAGGGAAAAAAGAAUAAAAAUAAAGAUAAAGGACAGAAGGGAAAGAUUGAGAAGAACAAACCGAUUCUAGUGGACGUCGAUCUGAAUCUUUCUGCUUACGCUAAUGCAAAGAAAUAUUACGACAACAAGAGAACAGCAGCCAAAAAAGAGCAGAAAACUGUCGAGGCGGCACAAAAGGCCUUUAAAUCUGCUGAGAAAAAGACCAAACAAACACUGAAAGAAGUUCAAACAGUCACCAGCAUUCAGAAAGCCAGGAAGAUCUACUGGUUUGAGAAGUUUCUGUGGUUCAUCAGCUCAGAGAAUUAUUUGCUCAUCGCAGGACGAGACCAGCAGCAGAACGAGCUGAUCGUCAAACGUUACCUGAGAGCAGGAGAUGUUUAUGUUCAUGCAGAUCUUCACGGAGCCACGAGCUGCGUGAUCAAGAACCCGUCUGGUGAGGCCGUCCCCCCCCGAACGCUAACUGAGGCCGGGACGAUGGCUGUGUGCUACAGCGCCGCGUGGGACGCUAAAGUGAUCACCAGCGCGUGGUGGGUCCAUCACAAUCAGGUUUCUAAAACAGCGCCGACAGGAGAAUAUCUGACCACCGGAAGCUUCAUGAUUCGAGGGAAGAAAAACUUUCUGCCGCCGUCUUAUCUGAUUAUGGGCUACGGGUUUCUCUUCAAGGUGGAUGAUCAGAGUGUCUUUAGACAUCGUGGAGAGAGAAAGAUGAAGACAUUGGAGGAGGAAGAGCAGGACGUGACGUCCAACACAGAAGUGCAGGAGGAAGAGGAGGAGCUCAUCGGUGAAGACAGUGGGAACGAGGAAGAGGAUUCCAGCAGAACCGCAGCAGAUGAUGAAGAUGAGACUGAAGAUCAGAAGAUUGAGGAGGAAGAUGAAGAAGAAACUGCUGAAGAUUCCAGUGCAGAGAUUCACUUCCCUGAUACCAACAUCUCACUGUCACACCUCCAGCACAACAGGACGCUUCAGAGUGAUGCUUUCAAACAGGAAGUGUCACAUCAGGCGAACACAGACUCACACGGCAUAAAACACCUGACAGCCCGACAGAGACGAGACAUGAAGAAGCAGACACAUGACCACACGGAUGAUGUGCAGGAAACAGAUGCCAAACAACAGGAAACGCAAAGCACAAGUGACGACGCACACGCGUGUAAGAGCUCAACAGCCAAUCAGCCGCUCAAGAGAGGACAGAAGAACAAACUGAAGAAGAUGAAGGACAAAUAUAAAGACCAGGAUGAAGAAGACCGGCAGAUGAUGAUGAGGUUAUUGGGGUCCGCAGGAUCCAAAAAAGAGGAGAAAGAAAAAAAGAGCAAGAAAGAAAAAAAGAGUGUCGAACGAGUGAAGAAAGUUCCGCAGAAACCUGCGGUGAAACCACGAGAACCCGAACAUACGAGCAGCGGGACAAUAGGAGAACCUGCUGAAGAUCAUGAAGAUCUGCUCGGAGGAGGUCACGAGAAGGAGACGGAGGACACGGAGAAUCCCGCCGCUGAAGAAGGUGAAAACAUUCUGGACUCUUUGACCGGUGUGCCACACAUGGACGAUGUGUUGAUGUUCGCAGUGCCAGUCUGUGCUCCGUACAUGGCACUCUCCAACUACAAGUUCAAAGUCAAAUUAACUCCUGGGACACAGAAAAAGGGCAAAGCUGCCCGCACGGCCGUGUUGAACUUCACACGAGCGAAAGACGUCAGCACACGAGAGAAAGAUUUGUUCCGCAGUGUGAAGGACACGGAUCUGUCCAGAAACAUGCCGGGAAAAGUGAAGGUUUCUGCUCCGAACCUUGUAACAGUCAAGAAGAAGUGAAGCUCAACACAAUUCUGAUCCAGAGAUGCUUAUAAUUGUGUUUUCAAUGACUAAAUAUUUCAAAUAAAUGUUAUAUUUUAUAACAGAAUGAAUGAAA